AUGAGGCAAGAAUUCUGGCCGGUGAACGGUAAAGCCAUCGUCAAUCUUGUGUGUCGCAAGUGUCCGCAAUGCUUCCGUCAAAACCCUGUCCCUGUCACGCAACCCGUUGGUCAACUACCGCAGCCUCGUACAGAACCUAGCAGAGCCUUCACUGUGGUCGGAGUGGACUACUGUGGACCCGUGUACACGAAACCAGCGCACCGACGAGCAGCACCACGAAAGGCAUACAUCGCCGUGUUUGUCUGCUUUACAUCCAAGGCUAUACAUCUCGAACUGGUCUGUGAUCUGUCCACGGAAGCCUUUAUCGCAGCUCUACGUCGCUUCAUCGCUCAUCACGGAAUGCCAACUGAGAUUCACUCGGACAACGGUACGAAUUUCCAAGGGGCAAACAACACACUCGCCGAACUGUACCGUCUCUUCGAAAAUAAACGCACCCGGGAAGCAAUUGUCAGCGAAUGCAGCAAACAUCGGAUCCAGUGGCACUUUAUACCGCCGAGAGCACCGUCCUUUGGUGGCCUAUGGGAGGCUGCUGUAAAAUCUGCGAAGACAUCUCUGGUGAAAACACUCGGCAACACCCAGCUUUCCUUUGAAGAAUAUGCGACUGUGCUGGCCCAGAUUGAGCUCCAACAGAGCUGGAUGUCCUCACUCCCGGGCACUUUCUCAUCGGGUCGCCGCUUAUCAGCCUGCCGGAUCCGAACUACACCCACGUACCAACCAACCGACUCAAUCGCUAUCAGCAGCUGCAGAAACUCAUCCAACAACACUGGGACCGAUGGAGAAGGGAAUAUCGGACCGAAUUGA